GACGUGUGCCAAUGCAAGCUCAGGGUAAUAAUUUGGUAUCUUCCAGAUUUGCACGUUUUAUUUACUUCUGCCUUGCUGGACAUUGUGUUAUAAAAAGCAAUGAGGGUUAUUACUGGGUUAGGUUAGGGUUUGGGCAAGAGUUCUCCAACCGUUCCCUUUCUUGAAUUCAAUAGUGAUAAACUUUUUUAAUGCUGAUUUAGUUAAAGGUACCGAGCUAUGAUGGUGGCAUAAGUCCCCUAUUGACCGCAGACUACUGCAAUCUAGUGCAACGUAGUCUGUGUAUUCCCACCUGAUCCUGAUUGGCCAUGGUAUAAUUCAGCGCUGGGGGCAUUGAGACUAAAGGUGGUGGCAUUACAUAAUUGAUUAUUGAGGUGUUGUUGGUGGGUGAAUUACUUCAUUUUUGUCAUGUCGUUUAGGUCUGAGAAUUUUUUGAUUGACAGGAAGUAACUAAGUAAGUCAUGCGUCAUGACAGCAAGUGACCAGAUAGGACUAUUUUCAAGAAAUCAGGUUGGUCAGCUCCCCCCACAAACCACCUCCCUCCCUCCCCCUCACACCCUUUUACUCUUUAAUAUGGCCAAUGGCAGUCUCAAGUCUGUAAACCAGAAACAUCAUUGUAGACCUUUUCUACUAAACCAAUUUUGAGUCAGUCCAGCUGUUGACCUUCAACAAACCAGCGUCAUUUUUUAAUUUCCAGGAAAUUGCCUGCACUUUUGUUCAUGUUAUUGAGCACUACAUCUUUGUUGUUUGAAAUGCAUACAUUCAUUUAAUAGUAUUGUCCAGUAUCUUCAGGAGCUUGAUGAGGGCUGAGUACCUCAUUCUGACGAUGUGUCUGCAUAUUGCACUCUGACUUCUCAAUCAUGGCGGGGACUGAAUCGUCAGGCAUCAUUUCAGAACAGAAAUCAGCAGCAGCAGUACAGCAAGAUGCAGAAUUGGCAGCUGUUAAAGCAGCAUUCCCAAACCGUUGUCGUGUGAUCUCAAACUCAGGAAAGUUCAGCAAUGUGGUUACCUUGCAGCCAGAAAACCUUGAUGCCACUAUCAAAUUUCAUCUACCAGCCUCUUACCCAUCUGUGGCUCCAGAAAUAAGCAUCCGCUCAGAAUCUAUUACAAAGCCCAACAUAGCAGAUAUAGAGGAAUUUCUCAAGUCCAAAGCACAGACUUUAUUGGGACAGGAGAUGCUUCUUUCUCUUACCAAUGAUGCUCAGGGGAAAUUCUAUGAAGUGGGUCUGCGUCCAGGAAAGACGAGCAUAGUUGACAGUCAUACGUAUCUCGGUAAAAAACCUGUCAAAAAGAGGCCAAAACGUAAACCCAAAUCUGAGGAUGAGAAGGAUGAGAACGAGAAAUUGCCACCCAUGAAGACAGCUGAUGAUGUGGUGAAAAGAAUAAUCUGGGAUGAAAAUUUGGACAAAGAUGAUUUUGUUGUAGGCUACAUUGACAGAUUCCGAGGCUUGAUGGAAAAAUAUUUCUCUGCUUUCUCAUGGGAAGAUUUGUCAGCUGUGGACUAUGAUGUUUUAGCAGUGCCGAAACACAGGAUCCAGUACUUCUCUUAUAAGGGGGUCAAGGUGUGGGAUAAACCCCGCAGGGUUGAUAAUGUGUUUGGGUCAGCAUCGGGGACCAAAACGAUAGAUGUCGUGAUCAGGGAGCUCGAGCAGGAGCAAAGCACUGGUCAGCAAGCUGUGGGGGUGGAGAGUAAUCUGAAAAACCAGAGGGAAGAAGAUGAGGAAUCUUACAGCAGCAGUGAUGACGAUGAUGAUGACGGUAUUGUGGUCACCAUUGGCGGUGCUGCUGGCUCUGUUUCGACCAGCCAGUCUUCUAUUGGAAGGUCUAGCUCCAACACUGAAAGUGCCAUGGAUGUGGACUCUGUGGAAAAGCAGGCUCCUGGUUAUGACCCAUAUUGGCAAGAUAAGUUGAGACCUAACUAUUUCCUUUGUGUGCGAAUCACCAAUGAGAAAAUCAGAGACCAGAUUGGAAACGUGCAAGAUCACUUGAUGGAGGUGGAGCCCCUGUUUGGGGAAUGUUGUAUACCGGGGGCAGCUCUUCACCUCACACUCUGUACUGUGGGCUUAGACACAGCAGAGCAGCUCCAGGAAUGCAUGAGUGCUUUGAACAAAGCCAAGCAAGAGCUUGCGGCAGGUUUGCCUAAGUCCACACUCAAAUUCCAUGGGGUCUCAAACUUUUACAAUAGAGUCAUCUACGCUAAAGUGCAGUAUGAGAAAGAUUUUAUAGACUUUCAUAAUUUAUUGAAGCAGGUUUUGAGUCAAGCAGGUGUGCAGGUCAGAGAUGGAUAUGACUUUGUUCCUCAUGUAACAGUUAUGAAGACGACGCGACCAGUGUCGAGGCUGAGGGGAACCAAGAAUAUCAGCCCGAAAGUUUAUGAGAAGUUUUUGGAAAUGGAGUUUGGAGAGCAGAAGGUUGAGGGAAUUUAUCUUUGUUCUAUGGGAGAUGAGCGACGAGAUGAUGGUUUUUACUUAACUCCAACAGAGCUUCACUUUCCCCCAAACUGAACUCUAGUGCAUCAUCAGGUCUCUAUUAACACUCUGUAAAUCUGUAUGAGUUAUUGUCUGGAAUGGUGAUGCAAAAAUGCUACUUUUAUGCUUAGUUAAAGGGAAAAUAGCUGUAUAAAGAUAACAGAGAAAUAGUUAUGGACAUGGAGCAACCUUCCAGUGGUGCCCUUCAACCUCUAACUGGUUGUGAUGUUCUGUGGUUACUAGAACUGUGUCUGUGUUGAAGUCAAGGUACCGUGAGUGUUUUUAUACAGAGGACCUUAGAUGGUGUCAAGGGAACAGGGAAAAAAUAAUAACAAAUUAGCCAUAAAAAUAAUUUGAACAAUGUCCUCUUUCCAAUAUAGUCGAGGAUGCUAAAAGAAAGGUCAUUUUCUCAAAAAACCAAUAACUGAAGCUCAUUUGUAGUGAAGUCGUCUACAUUCCAAACAAUGCAUUAAUGAAACAGUAUGUUAUGGAAUGAUAAUAAUAUGUAUCAGUCUGUGUUACAUUGUCAUGAGUGGUAAUCUAUAGAGCGGUUCGCGACCCCAAUGUUUUCUUGUCGUACUUCCAUUUUUAAUAACAGUGAAAACAGUUCAUAACAAAGAGUGAGCUUAAUUCACAUUAUCACUGUAAAAGAAAAUGGAGAUAUGACAAGACAGCUCUGAGGUUGCGAGUUGUUGACAUGAAAGAGGUCAAAUGUGAUAAGAGUAAGAGGUAAUUGUUCCUUUUUGUUCGUGUGCACAUGUGAUAGAAGCAAGCUUAAAAGACACAAAAUCUGCUGUGAUAUUGUUGUUUUACAGUAUACCUAUUUCAAUUUUUUUUUUCUGUUUUGGCGGGGGUAGUGGAUAGUGUUGUGAACAAUAAAUGACUUAUUUGUAUCAAUUAUCAAUAUCAAGAAAUUGUAAGCUAUAGGUUUAUAACAUUGUUUCUCACUUACCAUCUUUCGUCAGUUAAAGCAUGUUGAGAAAAAGGAUUGUGAUACUACACAUGAUGUACUGCUAAUGAUUCCUCAACUGAAUAUUUUUCAUGACAUUUAUUACUAUUAUUCUUUCAAUUUUACUUAACAUAAUUUUUUAAUAGAAUGAUCACCGCCGACAUUUAUAAGACAAAGGCAUCACUUUUUAAAAAUGUUCUUAUGGGACUAGGCUCACGUUUUCCAGAAAAUAUCUGCAAUUCUGACUGUAAAUUUAUUAUUGUUUCAUAUUCAAAUUUCUUUUUCGUUUUUGAUGUUAAAAAUUCAUUUUUCCUACAGUUCAGUAAAAUCUAGUAAUCAUAUGGCACCUGAAUGGCGCCCUUGUUGUGACCAUCCACUCUUUCCCAUCAAUUAUUCCUAAUGAAUGAAAGUUAAUGCAGUUGUUUUAGUGUGUGACAUUUCUAACUUUGUUUUUGUCUUGAUUAUGCGCGAGCAAGAAAUUGGUUGUGUGGGUGGCAUCCGUAUGUUUUGAAUGCCCUUGUUAUUUUGAUGUAGGCCUAAGAUUAAUAAACUGUCAAAAGAAUCUAUUUGUCAAUAAUGUACAGAUCUCUAAUAGGGUGAUGCACAAUUUUGUUCAGACGUUUUACUUGUGUGGUUCUACUGUCAAUAUCGUGCAAGUUUAAAUAUUUUUCACUUACUUUAGAAUUGAAACGUCCGCUGUUUGAGUUUGAGUAAUCAUCUGUUCUUAUUUAUAAUCCAUAGAGGCACAUUUAACUCUUUUGGAAAUAUAUGUUGUUUGCUUUAUAGCCACACAAAAGUUAUAUAUAUGUCACUUGAAAAAGUUAAAAAAAAGGUUCAGUCUUCCUGAAAAGUAUAAAAAAAAGUACAUAAUGAAAUUAAAACUUUGGGGUAUAGUAUAAAAGUGCUUUUUGUUAGUUUUUCUACAUUGCGGCUUGCCGGUAUGUGUAACAUGACCACUGGCUGUCUCAGACUUUCUGUCUGCUGAGCAUGUUUUAUUAUUUUUCAGUUUCAGUAUUCUGUCUUAAGUUUAAUUGUUUUGUUAUUUUCAUUUUUAGCCUAUAGGAAAAACACACUUUUGAUUUAACAUCUUAUUGUAAUUACAAAAUAAAUGAUUUCAUUCAAUCUCACAUGUAUGGCAAAAUAGCUACUGUUUAAAAAAAGAUAGUCAGAACACAUAGCCUACUGUUUAAGUGCUACUGUUGUAUUGUUUUAAAGUGCUCAGAGCCUUUGUACUUAAGUCAGGGUUGAACUUUAUAUAUAAAUGCCAUGUAUUAUUAUUAUCAUAAGUGCUUGAAACAAAGAGCUGAACGAAGUGAUUCACCUUAGGAGUCAAUUAAUGCAUGAGCCUUUUUAAAUCACAAAAUAAGCCUACUACUUACAAAUAUUAUAUAAGUGAUUUUAAGUUAGAUGGUUAAAAAAAACAUAUCUCAUUUUGGCUCUUUCCUGAAUAUUGGUCAUUUUGGGAACUUUCCUCAUUUACAAAUAAUUUUCUAUGUUAUGUAUUCCCUAUUGUUGUGCCUACAUGAUUCCUGUGAUUUAUAAUUUUGAUAAUAAAAGUCAGAUGCUACCAGUUAA